AGCCGGCUUUCACAACUCGUAACAAAUUGCUGCCACAGUUGAAGAGAAAGUGUGAAUUUCCAUUGCCAUCGCCAUAAUCAUGAUCAAAUUGGCUACAACUGAAACGGCUGUUGCCAAACCCAAUGUGAACGCAAGUGUAUUUAUGCCGCGCUCCAAGAGCAUCAAAAUCAACAACAAAAACAACGACGAAGAGGCAUGCAACAUUGAGGCACUCGAUAAGCGUAAAGCAAAGCAGACAAAACUAUUCCUGCCCUGGAAGGGCUUUCCCAAGCCUAUCAAAUAUGAGCAGCGUUCAGGAAAAGGGCACCAACUAAGCAAAGAACGAGAAGCUCUGUGGAUCAAGGAGCCAACACCAAAUGAGGUGAAGGCUCUAAAUGAUCAAAAUAAUCAAAAUGCGGUUGUAAAAGUUGGCAUAUUGGAGGAGAAGCGCCGCGAACAGGAACGCAAAGUGGCACUGGAGGCACUCAAACUGGUCGAGCAACGACGCAUGCGGGAGGCACUGCAGCAGCCCAAGGAUACGUUGCAUCUGAUACGGGAACCGAUACAUUUUACAGCCGAGGAACGGUUGCGGGUGAAUCGGUUGCGGAUCAUCAAAAGGGAGAAAAUUGAACGAGUGCUGCGCGAGAUGCGUCAAGAGUUGGAGGCAAAGAAGGAGCAGCAGCAGCAGAAGCAACACCAGCAGCAGCAGCAGUCUAAGCAGCAGAAACAGCAGAAGCAGCAACAACAGCAGUCUAAGUUGGAGGAGCAGCGGCAUCAGUCGGAGCAGCAACAGCAGCAUAAGCAACAGCAACCACAGCAGCAACAGCAGUCCAAGUUGGAGGAGCAACAGUUUAAGUUGGAGCAGAUCCGCAUGAACCCAAAUAGUCGCUACGUAUGCUUGCAGCGAGCGAGCAAACCAGAGACUCAAAUUGAGCACCAGACGCAGUCGGAGCAGCAGCAGACGCAGUCGGAGCAGCAGCAACAACAGCUGGAUAAGCCGGAGAAGGAGCAGCAAUCGGAGCUGCAAUCAGAUCAACCCGAGCAACAGCUGGCGUCUCAGCAACCCCAGCAGCUGUUGGAUUCCAAGUCCAAUCCGAAGCCAGCACCACCCAAGCGUUAUAUACCCACGGCCAAGCAGUGGGAUGAACGUUGUCGAGCCAAGGCCAAUGAAGCCGCUACCAACGUAGCCAACAAGGAGAACACCGUGUCUGGCAAAUCUGCCGGCAAACUGGAGGAAUUGUCUCAGAUGCCGCGUGCCAUGUCCGUGUCCAGUCAGAGCAAUAUAAUGCCAAUGGAAACUCGUAAGUUGGCCAAGUGUGAUGGUGGCACCGCCGCCAAGGAGCUGUUUGUGCCACGCUAUUGGCCACCGGCACCACUGGCGGUGGGUCAAGGUGAAUGUCGUCGUGGUAAUUUGAUACAUGCGAGGAAUAUUUCGCGUGCCUUUGCCAAUUGUGGAUUGCUGCCCACACCGAACUCCAAUUCCAACUCAAACUGCAACUCCUCAUCCUCAUCCGACUGCUCCUCCAACUUUUCAUCGAUCUGCGAGGAACCGUUGCCGUCGAGCAAGUCGAUUAAACGUUAUGGCAUCGAUGAGCUGCUCAACUGGGAGCCGGAGGCUAGCAAACUGGAGCAGCCCCACAUCGGUGAGGCUCAUCGCAAGUUGGCAUUUAUAUACAAAUAGUUUUCAAAAUUUUUCCAUUUUUACAUUUUUCCAUUCUCGUGUGUAUGUGUGUGUGUGUGUGUGUGUGUAUUCAGUUAUUGUCUGUUCUAGUUUGUUGACCAGUUGGCAUUAUUCCUGUUUGCUCAGGAUUUCGAGCUUUAACCCAUCAACCCUUCAACAUAUUGCAUUUUUAUCUAUAUAUUGUAACUUGUUUGUAAUUCGUAAUAAAGUCAAACAGCAGCAGACUAAA